UCCUGCAUAUGAACAGCAAUCCACUUUAUCAGCGAUGGAGGAGGCAGCGGAGGACGAGGUGGAGGAAAGAGCAGCUCUAGAAGAAGAGCAGGCACCGAGCCAAAAGGACGAUGAGGUACAAGCUGCUUUCGUUCAACCGUCAUCUCCAGAAAUGAAUCCACCAUCGUGCCGGGCAGAAACAGCAGCUGUGCCUUCAACCCCAACAUUCCCAUUUAGCUUUAGCCCCACCACCUCCCCACAUCCAGGCACCUCUGAUACCAAAUCUCCAGCUUUUGUGUUCAAUCUGAACCCCGGUCCCAGCACCCCGGGCUUCUCUGGGUUUGGAUUUGACGUGGGCUUGUCACAGGAGGAGGACUCAUCUUUUGCUUUUACCAGCCCGUUUUUCAACGAGAAGAAACCCACUGAAUCAAAGUCUUCAACCUGUCCAGAGUUCCUGUUUGGCCAGCCGGAGCAAAGUGAAGACUUCCAGUUUGCCUUUAAUGCAAAAAGCCCUCAGACAACUAACAAAGAUACAACCAGGGAUGAUUUUCCAUUUACAUUCAACUUUUAAGUGUUGGAUGAAAAACAUCUGAAAUGCUGAAAUGAUCUUAUUUCUUUGUUCUCAUAUAGUUGGUAAUGUCAAAUACUUUAGGGUUGUGUUCACGUUCUAACACAAGAUGUUAACAGUUGGAAAUCUAUGCAGUUUUUUUGUUCUGUUAAAUGGUGUUUGUGUUACUUAUUAGCUUAUUUCAAUAUGAAUUCACACUACUAAGAACAUAGUUCUAGCAUUGUCACUUUUCAAUGACAUUUUAUUGAAGAUAUAGCAUUCAAAACAUAUUAAAAAAAAAAAUAUACAACAUACAUUUAUAUUUAUUCACAUAUUUCUGUAUUGUAAGUUGAAUUGUUGUUUAUUAUACUAUGUGUGAAUUGCUGUUCAGUUUGCAUUAAUUAAUGUCAGAAAAGCAGUGUUUCAGUCCUACACAGUGUAUAAAUAAAAAGAGAUCUCACUGGU